AUGUACUUCUCAACUGCUAUCCUGGCCUCCGCCGCUCUUGGUGGUCUCAAUGUCUAUGCCACUCCUCUGCCUUCAACCAACGAGUCCUUUACACGGACCUUGAUAGUGUCCUUGAGCGUCAGAGCGCAGACCGUAUCUGUGGAGCAAGCCAGAGUCUUCCAAGCUGCUCAGAGCUACGACCUAACAGAAGGCGGCGGCGUUAUAGGUAGAAACGCCCCAUACCAGGAAUUUCCUAUCCUCGCCAAUGGGCGUAUUUUUGGGUCUGUUGGGAAUGACGAUCCACUGACCGAUCGUAUCGUUUAUAAAAUCACCAUCCAUAGCCCAGUUACGGGGUUCCCGGAUAACUUUGCGUUCUGUGGUGUCAUGACGCAUCUCGGGGCAACACAGAACCAGUUUGUUCUUUGCAAGGAUAUCUGA